AGUUACAAUGUCGCAGCUCUUCAAAAAAAAGUCAAUUCACACGCUGUUCAUCCAAAACUACAAAUACCGGCAUGCAACAGAACAAAACAUUGCCUCCCCCUCGACUCCUCAGCAUGGCUUUUUGGCACUCCCCAGCGGGGGAUUGGUGCUGAAAGGCUUCAUUGUGUCGGGGAUUGAAUGGGGGAGUUUGCGUUUUGUCGAAGUCCGUCUGUUAUCAUCCACACAGCGCGGAUUAACUGGCCUGCCCGAGUCCGAGCCAUGCGCGUUAUCAUGCCGCAACCCUCCAGCGGUGCGUUUUUUGUGCGUUAUACAGAUAAAUGCGCCCUGCUUCCGAGCCGCUGCCGCUGACUGAACGAUGCUCAACAGCUCCGAGAAAUGAACGGAGGGCCCGACAGAUACGGAUUAACAAUGUAGGGAUGCUAUUGUCGAAGUCUCGCAUCUGAUACGGAGCUCUGCGGGUUUGCAUCGAUGGAGAGGGCGUCUAGACACCUAUAAAAUCCUGCGUUAUCUUUGUUUGCUUGCUUUUUUGCUUCUUGAUUACAUUUUGGAGCGGAAUACGUUUUUUCGAAAGGAUUUAGCGUCGCCGGGCAUCAGACAAAAAAAAAACAUGGGGAACGCAGAAAGUAUGGAUGCUCAGCUCACAGAUUUCAGGGCGAGGGGCAGCAAACCCCCUAAACUGCCCAUGCCGGACCCCGCCGAACUGGAGGAGAGAUUUGCAAUCGCACUGAACACUAUGAACCUUCCUCCGGAUAAAGUGAGGAUCCUGAGACAGUAUGACAAUGAAAAGAAAUGGGAGCUGAUAUGCGAUCAGGAACGGUUCCAAGUGAAGAAUCCUCCCCAUACAUACAUCCAGAAACUUAGAAGCUUUCUGGACCCUGCUGUCACCAGGAAGAAAUUUAGGAGACGAGUUCAGGAGUCAACUCAGGUGCUCAGAGAGCUGGAGAUAUCUCUUAGGACUAAUCACAUCGGGUGGGUGAGAGAGUUUCUCAAUGAGGAGAACAAAGGGCUCGAUGUGCUGGUGGAGUACCUGUCGUUUGCCCAGUAUGCUGUCACGUUUGAUGGAGAUGUACCAGAGAGCGCCACAGGUGAUAUUUCUGUAGAGACUCCCUGGAGCAGGUCUAUAGAAGAUCUGCAUGGCGACAGUAAUCUGCCAUCACCAGUCAGCGGCAGCAGCAUUCCACGUUCCACACGGCACUCCUUAAGGUCAAAUACUUUGCCCAGUCGCAGAACUCUAAAGAAUUCCCGCUUGGUGUGUAAAAAAGAUGAUGUUCACGUCUGCAUCAUGUGUCUUAGAGCUAUUAUGAACUACCAGUAUGGCUUCAACAUGGUCAUGUCCCAUCCGCAUGCUGUCAAUGAAAUUGCUCUGAGCCUUAACAACAAAAAUCCCAGGACCAAAGCUUUGGUUCUGGAGCUUCUGGCUGCUGUGUGUUUGGUCAGAGGAGGACACGAGAUCAUCCUUGCUGCUUUUGACCAUUUCAAAGAGGUCUGCUCAGAAACCCAGAGGUUUGAGAAACUGAUGGAACACUUCAAAAAUGAAGACAACAACAUUGAUUUCAUGGUGGCGUGCAUGCAGUUCAUCAAUAUCGUGGUGCACUCGGUAGAGGACAUGAAUUUCAGAGUUCACCUCCAGUAUGACUUCACCAAACUCUCUCUGGACGACUAUCUGGAGAGGCUGAAGCAUACGGAGAGCGAUAAACUCAAAGUGCAGAUCCAGGCUUAUUUGGAUAACCUGUUUGACGUGGGGACGCUUCUAGAGGACGCAGAGACCAAAAACGCUGCCCUGGAACGCGUGGAGGAACUGGAGGAGAAUCUGUCACAUAUGAGCGAUAAACUCUUAGAAACGGAAAAUGAGGCCAUGUCUAAAAUCGUGGAGCUAGAGAAGCAGUUGAUGCAGAAGAACAAAGAGUUGGACACCGUCCGGGCGGUGUACCGGGACGCCAGCUCGCAAGUUCACACUCUUCGGCGGAUAGUUCGGGAGAAGGAUGAGACCAUUCAGAAGCAAUCCACACUGGAGAAGAAGAUCCAUGAGCUGGAACGCAGAGGCAGUCUGCAGAUCCAGGUGAGGGGUGAGGGAGAUGGGGAAGGAGAUGUGUCUCCGCUGCCUUCGCCUCCUCAACCCAUGGCUCUAUCUCCCUGUCCCGAUGCCAUGGCCUUGGCUGGAGCCUGUGCUGGAGCAUCAUACAGCUCUGCCAGCUCUUCUCAGACUGGCACGCUUCGAGCAAUGGUUACACCACCACCUCCUCCCCCUCCACCACCUCCAAUGACAGCUUCCUCUGUUCCUAAUGGGCCAUCAGAAGCUCUUGCACCUCCGCCACCACCUCCGCCUCCCCCACCUCCUCCACCACCUCCUCCUCCUCCACCACCUCCACCUCCUGGUCAUUCCAUUGAGAUCUCUGCUCCUUUACCUCCGCCUCCUCCUCCAUGUGCUCCUCCUCUGCCCGGCAGCGGCACACCAACCGUCAUAUUCAACUCUGGCUUGACGGAUGGACCAUUCAAGCUCUUCUCCGUGAAAAUCAAAAAGCCAAUCAAAACGAAGUUCCGCAUGCCUGUGUUCAAUUGGGUGGCUCUGAAACCAAAUCAGAUCAACGGCACCGUCUUCAAUGAAAUCGAUGACGAACGGAUCCUGGAGGAUUUGAAUGUUGAUGAGUUUGAGGAAAUGUUUAAGACCAAAGCCCAGGGCCCUGCCGUUGACAUGACAUUGCAAAAACAAAAGGCUCCUCAAAAGGGCCCCAAUAAAGUAUCACUGCUGGAGGCCAACAGAGCCAAAAACCUUGCCAUCACGCUCCGCAAAGCAGGCAAGAGCCCUGAGGAGAUCUGCAAAGCAAUCCAGACGUUUGACCUGCGUACGGUGCCGGUGGAUUUCGUGGAGUGUUUGAUGCGGUUUAUGCCCACUGAGACUGAGGUGAAGGUGCUUCGUCAGUAUGAGCGGGAACGACGGGCAAUGGAUGGACUCACUGAUGAGGACCGCUUCAUGAUGCUCUUCAGCAAGAUCGAAAGACUGCCACAGCGCAUGACCAUCAUGGCCUUUAUGGGCAACUUUACAGAUAGCCUGCAGAUGCUCACACCGCAACUUCAUGCUAUCAUAGCUGCAUCUGUAUCAAUCAAAUCAUCCCAGAAGUUAAAGAAAAUCCUUGAGAUCAUUUUGGCCCUGGGAAACUACAUGAACAGCAGUAAGAGAGGAGCUGUUUAUGGCUUCAAACUUCAGAGCUUGGAUCUGUUGUUGGAGACCAAGUCCACAGACAGAAAACAGACACUUUUGCACUACAUAGCCAAUGUGGUGAAGGAGAAAUAUCCCAUUGUGAGCAUUUUCUACAAUGAGCUGCACUACAUCGAGAAAGCUGCUGCGGUCUCUCUGGAGAAUGUUCUCCUGGAUGUGCGAGAGCUACAGAGAGGUAUGGAUCUGACUAAAAGAGAGUACAGCAUGCACGGCCACAACUCUCUGCUCAAAGACUUCAUCCAUCACAACGAGGCCAGGCUGAAGAAGCUCCUGGAUGAUGCUAGAAUUGCACAGGAUGCCUUUGACGAAGCUGUUAAGUUUUUUGGGGAGAGCGCCAAGACCAUGCCACCCUCUGUGUUCUUCCCUGUGUUUGUCCGCUUCAUCAAGUCCUAUAGGCAAGCGGAUGAAGAGAACGAGCAGAGGAAGAGGCAGGAGCAGCUGAUGAUGGAGAAGCUUAUGGAACAGGAGGCCAUGAUGGAGGAACAAGAAAGUCAACAGUCGCCAUCUCACAAGGGCAAGCGGCAGCAGCAAGAACUUAUUCACGAGCUAAGAAAGAGACAAGGCAAAGACAGCCGCCUCGUCUAUGAAGGCAAAGAUGGAGCCAUCGAGGACAUCAUUACGGACCUGCGCAACCAACCCUUCAGACGGGCCGAUGCUCUCAGGAGGAGCGGGAGAAGAAACUUAGAGGUGCAGCACCUUCAGCUACGCACCGUGGAGAUCAGCACAUGCUAGCCACCAUUGUUCAGCUUUUGAAUCUACUGAAAACAACACAAACACACACACACACACAAAAGCACACUUCAGACCAAGGAUAGAUGAAGAAAAGUGACACGAACACUUCUGCUUACCUGGGAUCUGGAAUCUCGAUUUAAUGAAAUGUUUCAUGUUGGAGAGAACAUUGAUUUUUGUGGAUCCUACAAAACCCUACAAAGACAUUUGGGUUUUAUAUCCACGAAAGAGCAGAAUGAGGCUUGGAUUUUGGCCAACUUGUGUUGUUUUACCUCAGUUUUUAAAGCUGCAGGUUUUUCUUUGGGGAAGAUUUACAAGAUGCACUUUUAUUUUUUAUCUUUAAACAUUGAACUCGGAUCAUCUCAACUGGACUUAUGUUAGUUUUUGUUUUUUAAAUAUGGAUGAAGCGCUGGACUUGGUACUGUAAUGCUAUUGAGGUGCUUCUCUUGCAGACUUAAACAUGUUUACUACUAAGCAUUCACUACCGGUAUGACAUUGUACGUACAAACACAUCUCAUUUUAAUAAUCACAGACUUGCUCUCCUACCGGUUUUAUCUCAUGUGACGUUUGUGAGCAGUGGAAAAGAGUUUGCUGUUUUUUUAAAAACAAAAAUCAAAGACAUUUCAUUGGACAAAAAAAAAGGCUUUUUUUUAAAUGUACAGAUAUUUUGCUACGAAAUCGAGCCUCUUAUUUUUUACAUUGUUCAUCCAUUGUGGUGCUGUACAUAUUGUUGAAACGAACCGACCUGUCCUGCAAUAUCACUGGAAUGUUCUUCACUUUUUAUGUUGUGUAGUUUGACAGUAUUAUUUAAUUGGAUGGUGAAGACGGUGAAUCGACUUACUCUGUGACCUGAAUUGCUCUCUCUCUCAUCACUGUUGUUGCAUAAUGGUAAAUGUCUGUGGUUGCACGUAACACUUGAAAGCUUGAGCAGACACUAGUGGCACAUUUAACGUUUUCUACUUUGAUCUCUUUAACUGGAAUCAGUGGUUGUGUGCAAAUAAAGCAAUGACACCAGCACCGUAAAAAAAAAUGUAAAGUCGUUUCUUUGUGUGGUCAAUGUGAAUUUCAUCUUCUGAAACUGGUAACACUUUAGUUUGGGUCACAAGCACGACUAGCUUAAUAAACUACUAAUUAGCUGUUUUAUUAAUACUAAGGUAAGGUUGAAGUUGGGUUUAGGUAUUGUGUAGGGUUAGGAUGUAAAAUAAGAUCAUACUUUAUAACUCAUGAAGAGUAAUAUCUUGAUAAUAGGCAGGUAAUGGGCCAGUAGUUAAUACAUGUAUUGUGACCUAAAGUGUUACAGAAACUUUUAUUUUACUGCAAUUGGCAUUGCUUUUAUAGUGAGAAUGUUAAUUCGAGAUAUCCACUUUAGCUAUGUUUCCACCAAAAAUGUGAAUUAAACUUAUGCUAAUCAAACAUUUGCGAAUAACGCACCGUUUCCAUCCAUUGAGUCAAAGAAAACAAAAUCGUCACUGGCUGACAAACUGGCACAUUUUAUAAUGACCAAAACAACAUUUCAGAUGUUUUCCAAUGUGGUCUGUCCACUGGUUUGUCCAUUAAUGCCGUAAUAUCACAUCCUAUU